AUGGCCACCUGCGUGAGGCUCAGCACCAAAGCCAAGAUGCCCAUUGUGGGCCUGGGCACCUGGCAGUGCCCCCCAGACAAAGUGAAAGAGGCUGUGCAGGUGGCCAUCGGCGCAGGAUAUCGUCACAUCGACUGUGCCCCUUGCUACUGCAAUGAGAAGGAGAUCGGGGAAGCUGUCCAGGAGAAGAUCCAGGAGAAGGUGGUGAAGCGGGAGGACCUCUUCAUUGUUAGCAAGCUGUGGUCCACCUUCUUUGGGAGAACCCUAGCGAAGAAAGCCUGUCAGAAGACCCUCAGGGACCUGCAGCUGGACUACCUGGACCUCUACCUUAUCCACUGGCCACAGGGGUUACAGGAAUUACAGACUGGGCAGGACUCUCUCCUCAGUGCUGAGAAAGGCGGUAUCCUCUCCAGUAAAUUUACAUUCUUGGAUGCCUGGGAGGCCAUGGAAGAGCUGGUGGAUGAGGGGCUGGUGAAAGCCAUUGGGAUCUCCAACUUCAACCACUUCCAGAUUGAAAGGCUCUUGAACAAACCUGGACUGAAAUACAAACCAGUGACUAACCAGAUUGAGUGCCACCCAUACCUCACGCAGGAGAAAUUGAUCCAGUAUUGCCACUCCAGGGGCAUCACUGUCACAGCAUACAGCCCUCUGGGCUCUCCGGGUAGAUUUUGGGCUAAGCCAGAAGACCCCUUCCCACUGGAGGAUCCCAAGAUUAAGGAGAUUGCCGCAAAGCACAAAAAAACCACAGCCCAGGUGCUGAUCCGGUUCCAGGUCCAGAGGGAUGUGGUCGUGAUCCCCAAGUCCAUGACACCAGCACACAUCAUUCAGAACUUUCAGGUCUUUGACUUUAAAUUGAGUGAAGAGGAGAUGGCGACCAUUCUCAGCUUAAACAGAAACUGGAGGGUCUUCCCUGAGGUCCAGUAA